AUGUCGGGAUACCAUCACAAAAAGCCGUACUCGCCUUCGCGUCGCGUCCUCCCCCGUCGAUUCUUCGAGCCUUGGAAGAUCCUGGUUGCCGUCGUCGUGCUCUUCUUGCUCUUCUUCUUCCGAUUCGACGCGGCUCCGACGCCUGCUCCGGCGUCCGCGCCGUCAGAGGUGCUGGCCAAGGGCCUCCAGCGGCCUCUGGGCUUCCGUCCGCUCAACGAGAGCAAAAUCGCAAUCGUCACGUUCCACACCGAUCAAAAGUCUUACACGCACCUGUCGCUGAAGAACAAGUUUCAUUACGCGAGACUUCAUGACUACGACUUCAUAAUUGACCUGGAAGCGAACAACGAGCGAGGAUUGAUGUGGCACAAGUUCGACAUGGUUCAGCGCGCUAUCAAUGCUACAAAGUACGACUGGGUGUGGUGGAUCGAUUUCGACACGCUCGUCAUGAACAUGAACGUCAAGGUCGAGGACAUCAUCCAAGAUGCUUUGUCAAAGGUGGAGAACCCGGACAAAAUUGACUUUCUGUUUACACCAGACUGUUUCGAGCUGAACGCUGGCUCUUUUCUCACCCGCGCGACCCCACGAGCCCACAGCUUCUUCAAUCGCGUGAUAGAGUACCACCAGGCAAAUGCAACGUACGAGCAUCAGAUGAGCGAGCAGGACUGCAUGCGUGACAUCAUGUUCAAGUCCGCGUUCCUCGAGGGCAGGUUCAUCAUGCUGCCUCAGCAGUCGAUAAAUGCAUUCCCGGAAGAGAUCAGAUGUUGGGACCAAAGAAACAAGAAACCUUUUGAGCGGGGCAUGUUCUUCAUACACUUUGCAGGAGCUUGGGCACACGUCAAAGAGGACGACCCAACGGGCUACUUGAUGCAGAAGUACAAAAACCUGAUCAUAUACGAGGGAGAAAGCCCAUAA